GGGAGCGGCUGAAGCCGCCAGACACUGAGGCUCUCCGCUGGGACAGCCUUUGUCACACCCAGACUCCGCAAGAGCGGGAAGGUGAGCGCAGCCGCAGCCGCGCCGGGGAAUACCACGCUGCGGGGCUGGCUCUGGGCACGGUGCUGCCGGUGCCGCCCCCACCCUGCCACGGCCAACGGGCACCGCUUCGCCGGGCACCGGCACCUCCGAGCGCUGCUGCGACCAGCACCGCCCCGGGAGCAGCCACCCCACCGUGGGCAGGGCUGCCACAGUGCCCGAUGGCCACCGAGGCUCUCACCCCGCGGCCCGGCAACGGCAGCGGAGCCCUGUGCCCUGUGGACGCCACCUUCGCCCAGCACUUCUUGCCUGCCGUCUACCUGGUGGUGAUCCCCCUGGGGCUGGUGGGGAACGGGCUGGGGCUGUGGCACCUCUGCACCAGGUCCCGGUGGGGUGCCCACAAUCCCCUCGGUCUGCUGGUGGGCAACCUGGGCCUGGCCGACCUGCUGUACGUCAGCACACUGCCCUUCCUCGUCAGCUACUACCUGCAGGGCAGAGUGUGGCUCUUCGGGCAGGGCUGGUGCCGCAUCACCCGGGGCCUCUUCCACCUCAACCUCUACGCCAGCAUCGGCUUCCUCACCUGCAUCAGCAUCCACCGCUACCUGGGCAUCGUGCACCCGCUGAUGGCACGGGGCAGGUGCCAGGGAGCAACCUUUUCUGCACGGCUCAGCGCAAUGGUCUGGAUGUGGGUCAUUGCGCAGGUAGCGCCUGAUUUCGCCUUCAGCAAGAUGGACAACACGGGGACGCAGUGCCAUGACACGACAAGGCACGAGAGCCUGGGCAUUUACUUGCCAUACACUGCAGCUGUCACUGUGACUGGGUUCAUCAUCCCAUUCCUCAUCAUCAUUGGAUGCUACUGCCAUGUGGUGGUGGUGCUCUGCAGGAACGAUACUGUGGAUGUCAAACUCAGGAGAAGAAGCAUCAGACUGGUGAUUCUUGUGAUGGUCCUUUUCUCCAUCUGCUUCCUCCCCUACCACGUCUUAAGAAACCUCAACUUGUUGUCUCGAGGCUGGCAGCUCCAAGGGUCCUGCACACAGGCUUUAAAGAGCAUCUACAUUUCCUACCAGGUGACCCGGGGCCUGGCCAGCUUCAACAGCGCCCUCAACCCCCUGCUCUACGUGAUGACCAGUGAAGACUGCAUGUCACGUAUGAGGACCAUCUGCCAAGGAGUCAGCCAGUCCCUGGGGUCCUCUUUCAGGACGAAUACCUCUUGCCAGGUGGAUGAGGAGAAGAAGAAAAGCAUCAUUCUUUGUGAGGAGGAGGAGGCUUCUGAUGAGCUCUGAGGCACCCUCCAAAGGAUGGACCACCUAAGGUUGCACUUGGCCCUUCUGGGAGCAGCAUCCCCCCAACCUUGGUGCCUGUUUUGCAGAGAGAUGGUGACUGCAGCAUCACUGGUUCCAGUCUCACACAAGGGACAAACAGGAUUGCCGGUGUCGGAGAGCAAACUGCGACCAGGUUUUAGAGCAAAGCUACUCAACCCAAUCGUUUUCCCUACAGUACGCCUGGAGAUGGAAUGAUAUAAAUGUUGCAUUUACUCCAGUCCUUAAGUAUUUUUCCAUCCAGUGUCCAGUGCAGUGCUCAGAGCUGGUUAACAAACCCCUGGAUCCCUGGCUGCUCAUCGAGCUCCUCAGUGAACAGGAGAUGGGAAUGAACAAUGCCUUAACCCCCAGCUGCAUCCCCUCUCCCCCACUGGACCUGUUGUUUGAAACAGGAUUCCCCGAUUCACCCAAGGAGAGGGUACCGGUAAUUAACUCCCUGUGUCACAGGACAGCUGAGUGGGUGAAUUUUUGCAGGGUGGAACUGCUUUGGAAAUGGAAAUAGUAAUAAAAAUAUCAGGGUUUAAAUAUAUGACUAAGCUGUGCCAGUUCCUGGGUUAGUUGUUCCUGGGUGACUGAGCUGCUUCAGGAUCUGUGUUAUCCUCUACUGCCCGCCUCCUUCACAGAAGAAAAAAAGAAUUUUAGCAUUACUCACUCUCUUCUGGAGGAACAUAUAGCAGACAACAACAAAUUGGCAUUUUAAAGUUUCUGGAGGCUGUUGGGUGGAUUUGGGUUUGGUUUUUUGUUGGUUUUUUUUUUUUGCGAAGUGAAUGACUGCAGUAGCCUGAACUGCUGCUUUCAGCAGGCAAAUCCCAGGAGAGUGUUGAAAUCUUCAGGUGGGUGACUACAUCUUACUCUUGCGUCCAGCCUUGCAAGGGGAUUAGACAGGUCUAUUAAAAAUUAGACAUAAAAAAAGAAAAAGAGGUAACUCUGGCCUGAAGGCUUGUGAAGGCAAGAUUUGGUGGCGAGGGCAGUCCGUGUGUCAUCGCUGGAGGGGGCUGUGGGGAUAUCUGCUUCGGAGGGAGCAGAGGCUCCCAAGGGGCAUUUUGGUUUUUGGUCUUGGUUUUCCCCACCACGGGCUGCUUGAACAUUUUGGUCCUUGUGAAAGGAGCAAUGUGAUUUGCAACAGCAGAUAUUGCAGCUCGGCUGAAAGGAAGUGGAUUGCGAGUUAAAAUCAGUCUGUUCUGAGAAAGUGCUGACCCAGAGACGCUGCGCUCUUUGGACCAAAGCCUGAUAUUUACCACAGUCAGCUCUUCCUUGCACAGACCCACCUUUGCUUCUGCAUGGAGGGAGCCACGACUGGCUUUCAGAUGGAGUUAAUACAUCUAAAGUGCAAAUAAACACCUAAUGCUUUCAGUCGUGAGUCAUCUGGCUUCUUUUGAAGCUUUAUAGGACCACGGGAGCCAGCUGGCCUGCGGGCUGGAACAGGGGCCCGCCUGCUGCAGGGAGCAGUGACGAGUUUCCUAGGGCUCUGCAGAUGGGGAGCUGCGGGAGCACUGCCUGCCUGCCUGCCUGCCUGCGUGGCGACACUGCAGGCAGCCAGCGGAGAGCGGUGCUGGGCCAGGCAUGCACUAAGGUAGGUCCCUGGCAUCUGCUCAGCACCUGGCAGGGGUCCAGCAAAGCCCUGAAACUUUCAGCUCCCCUCUCAUCCAGAGGAAACCCAAAGACAAAGCUUAAAUUUCCAAACUAGAUGUUCUUCUGUCUCUGCAGUAGGGAAGAUCUCUGGGACAUUAGGGUUGGAUCCAGCCUCUGCUCCUUGCACACACUCCCCAGAUCUGGGCUUCUCCUGAGCUCUGAACUCCUCUCCUCCUGUCCUGAAAAAAUACCCACGCCUCUGAAAGCUACCCAGCUCUUCCAUCUUCCCGCAUGGAUCCCAUCCAAGAUGCCACAGCUCCUGACAGAGCCAGCUUCAGCUCCCCACAGCCCAUAGGAGCUGCACACCCUGUCACUGCACCCACUUUGUGCUUGACUGAUUGAAAUAAAGCACCACUGCAUCCCCAGGGAGGAAGAGCUGUGUAGAAAGCACCAGCAAACUCUGCUCUCACCCCCUGCAUCGCUGUGCCCAGUUCUGUCUUCUCCAGUGCCCCCUCAUGUCAUUGUUAAUGAUGAUUUAAAGAUCUGUAUCCUGAGAAACAUCUCCAAGCCCCAGGGACAGUUGCAACCAUAAAUCUACUCAUUUUCCUGUGCCCUGCAUCUGUCAAAUCAGCAAAAGCCAUUAAGGAUCUGUGUGUUCCGCUGACGCCCCUGAGAUACAAGGGGGUUUUUUGGUAUCUCAUGCUUUGCAGCCCCCUUGAUUCUCAGACAAUGCCACUUCCCAUGGUGAACUGAAGAAACUACCUCCUUCCCUUUAUUAGCCUAUGUGUAAUUAAGGGCCAAGCGCUGGCACAUGAGCCUGCGCAGCUGCCUUUCCCGGUUGGUGGUGGAGCAGCAAAGCAGCCGCUGUUCCUCCAGCCCCCAGAGUCAAGGGAGGCUCCUUCACUCACAAAGAGCAGCCACUGCUCUCUGCGGGACACUCAGGUGCAUGGCCACUGCUGGGGACCUGCUCAAAACGCGCGGGCACUGCUGACUCCUCAAAACCUCCCCAGUGAUCUUUAUCCCCUGGGAGCAGAGGGGUGGGAUUGUCCCUGGAGCAACAGCAUGGGCAGCUCUUGCUCUGUGCUAGUGCCCUUUCAUGGCACGGGGAGGCGAGGACAUAGCGUGUGUUUCAGCAGUGGAUGAGGGGACAGGGGAGGUGGGGAGCUGCCAUAUUACCCCUUCCCUUCUCCCAGCAGCUCUGCCAGCCAUUGGUGGGGCCAUGCACAAACAUUUGCUGCAGGCAGGAGGGGGAUCAGUGCCUGCCGGGGUUGCUGUGCCACGAUUGCAUCCUGAACCAGGUUUGGCCUCGGUUCCUGGCUGGCACAAGCACAUGGAGAAGACCUGAGCCGAAGACCUGUGGCAGUGCCUGGGCUGGCACCCACCUGCUUAGGGGCUGGCUUUGAGCAAGGUCCUUUCCCCUCUGCUGCAGAGACCUUCCAGCGCUGUCAGGUUUCUUUACAUGAGCUGCACAUCCUCAUGGGGUGAGAUGGCUCUGCAGGAAGAAAUAAUUAAUUUCACCUCUUUCGGGCUCCUGGCUUAAGAUGUUCUAAAUGCUCCUUUUUCCCUCCCUUGGCUAUCUGUUGCUGGAUUUGAAGAUGCCUAAAAUCAGGCAAGAGGAAUCCCACCUGUACCGUCUGUUUUUCCCACAGACUCCCUGGCACGGUGAAGCAGAGCAAUGAACUUGUCUGCAAAUCUGGCCUGAAUGCAGAUUUUUAACUCCCUUACCCAGAUUAGACCCAACCAACAAACCAAACAUGGUGGGAACCCUUCUGCUGAUAUUAAUGGGAUUGGGAUCAAGCCUGGAAAUUUGGCAGCAUUUCUUGCUUCAUUAAAUAAACCCUUCUUGGUUGAGGAUUUGUUGCAAAUACAGUCAAGAUUUGUUACGUUAAAGAAAACUUUUGAGCUGACAGGCCCGGGAAGCUGUUCAGGCGUAAUUAGCAGGCACAUGUACAGAUGCACAGAUGCACAACCACUUCCCCUAAAAUGCAAAACUGUUUUUCUUGGCAUGCAAAACACUUGACAAGAAGAAAAUAUCGCUACCAGCAGCAGCUAAAUGCAUAAGACUCAACUCUCUUUAAUUCUUUCACUUUGCACAGAUUUCUAAAAAGGAGAUUAAACAUGAUGCGUUGCCAGAGGUACCCAGCAAAGUGAGGGGGCGAGCGGCUCCCACGUGCAAGCGGUGGGCAGUGGGAGUGAGCGGCGGGUGCCGCCGGCACCACAGAGACUUCUUGAGUUCAGCAAAAUGAUUGCCUGGCCUUGCUUAGCAGCUGCUGGCUGCAGAGGUACAAGAAGUUAGCCCACUGGAGUAGGAGGAUUUGUCCACACCGGUGAAUAUAGAGUUCAUGGUGCGUGAUACAUGGCCUCUGGCUGACACCUGGCUCUGACUGAGCUGCCCACCUCACUUCAGGAGGCUUGGUAUGGCCACUGAAGCCCUGUUUGCUAAACAAGCAUGGAUUGGUUGCCCUGUGCUGAAAACAUGGACUUAUGCAUUUGUGUCAGAGUUUUCCACAGCCCAGGGGAUUGGGAGCUACUGCUCAGACAAGGGCUGGGGGUGCCGGGGGCAUCUCUGCGGGACUGAGGUGGUGCACGGGGUCCCUGCUGUGCAAACAGGGCAUCUCCACAAUGUGAGAGCCCCCAGGCCCAAGCAGAGAUGUGAAAACCACUUGUGAGGCCAGAGGAGAUGCAGCAUGAGCAGGAGGGUCCCGCAGGUCUUGGGUCCCCGUUAUGGCAGGCACCAGGCAGUGGGACUUUGUGGCGCAUCUCUCACGGCACGGUGGGAAGCUGCAGUGCGCACACGAGAAGGGAUGAGUCACGCAGGUCACUAAUGAAAGGUCACAGCAUCCUCAGAUUCAGUGAGAGGCAUUUAUUUCUUCAGCAAAACAAUUUUAUUGCUAAAGUACCUUUGGCUACAGGGACAACAGACCUGACAGCUUGUCUUAUUUACCAAGGAUAUUGAUCAGACUGGGGAAGGAAUAGUAGACGCAAUUACUCCAGGUGACCUGUGAAAAAAUGGUAAAUAUAUCUGGGACUGGGCGCCAUUGGUGAAGAUUUUUAUAAAAGAGAAAAAUCUGAGUCUUUGUCUAUGCUAUGCAGAGUGUUUUGGCAUCUGGGAGACCAACAGCUUGUGAAGAAGAGCAAAUCACAUAAAUAGAAUAAUGUUUAGCGUGACUGUGUGAGGCCAUCAGUCUAAUAUUAUUCCUGCAGUGCAUGCAGUUAUAAAUAGGUGAUGCCAUGUAGCGCGGGACCUGGGGAUAGCGAGAGCUACAGAACGGCCUUGCAGCUCAGUGGCAGCGGCACUGCGCAGCUUGCAGCUGUAACACGCAUUUGUAUGUGUGUUACAGAGCGACUGCGGCUGCACCCUGCAGGCAGGGAUUCAUCCUGGAGGACUUGGUAAGCCCAGGCUUAAUAGAGAUGUGCCAUUUUUCAGACCAUCCGUCUAAAUAUCCCCCAGCGGCAAGCCCUCUGUGUCCCUUGCCAUCAGUGCUGCUCAUUGCUCAAGGCAGGGAUCAACACAGACAGCAGGGCAGCAAGAAACCCGCCGGGAGCUGCUCUCUGCACCACAACCUGUGCUGCCUCCUCAGCAGCCUGGGAGGAGACUAUAGUUUGAAUUUCACCCAGCACCUCCCCUCUGCCCCAACCAGGAGAUGCUCAGGUUGGAUCCAACUCCCUGAAGAGCCUUCGUGCCAGGGUGCAGCCCAGCCAGUGUGAAAUUCUUCUGUUUGUUUGGGCUCAUGGGCAAGAAUUUUACCCUAAGGAGCAUCAGAAAGCUCCCAGGCUUCUCAGUAGCACCACAGCUUCUCCUUGGAGAAGCUGCUUCCAUGCUGCACAGAGGACGUCCAAGGAUGGGAGACAAAUUAACUCUGUCCUGGUUGCCUUUGCUCUGAUGUGGAGGUGCUGCUCAGCAGAGGUGGCGGAGAACUGCAUACCACAGCUCCCAGUCAGCUCCUACCAGCCCAGACCACACUGCAGCACCUCUUUGUCUCCAGUCGAGGCCAUGUAGGGUGAGAAGGUCCCAUGGUAAUGCGAAGCUGCUGGCACAGGGGAGAGCUCAGACGUAAGUUUGCUGGUGGUGAUGCCAAGAGCCAGGCACUCUCACUGAAUGAAGUGUUAUUUGGUUGUGGAGGCAAAAAUCCCCCUAUAAAAGAGUGUGCAAUGCUGAGACGGCAACACAGUGCUGUGCUGAGAGACCAGAGGAGCCCAGGAUGCAGAAAGCCCUUGGGAUGCAGCUCAUCUGGGUGCCUGGGUCUUUCCAAGACCCCAGUGGGUCUGCAACACCCAACAGGAGAUGCAUCAGCCUUCCAAAAGCACCUUCCUGUGUGCAAAGCAGGAACAACAGUCCCAUCACCAUAGCCACCAUCCCACUGCACUGAGCUGGGAGGUGGGGGAGAAUGCUGGCAGGUUUGCCGAGGGCCAGCUGCAGAACAGAGACACCAAUGGCACAAGGUGCACCAUGAAGUAGAGGGGCCCCAUGAGCUGAAAUAUUAGGGAGAAGUCCGGGGUUUAACCCACCUGUCCAAAGGGAUGAGCAUGAGCCAUCUCUCCAUGGCUGGAUUUUGUGGCCACAGCUGGUGGUGGAGGAACCACCCUGGGUGGGUCAGUGCCAUUUCCCCCUCCUUGCCAGGUCUCCAUUUAGUAAUUCCUCAUCCCCAGACUUACUGCCAGUAGCUCUGGUCAGACCCACGAGGACCAAACCCAGCAGCAUGGGAAGCAAGAAGAGGGUUUGUUGUCCUUUCGAGUGCCACAUGGGUGAGGAGCAGGGGCUGGUUCAUGGAUGAACCCGAGUAGCAGACUCAGCCUGGGAGUACAGGACAGCAUCCUUUCCCAAAGGCACAGCACAGGCAUGGGUGAUGGACUUGUAGCCACAUCAGCACCUGCAAAUCUCAGGCUGGAAGACAGCUCGCAGCUCCCAGUCCUCCUACAUAAAAGGGACAAUUAAAGUGUGGUUCCCAAGCCAGAACCCAAAACUGGCCAUGCCCUGAGUCUGUCACCUGGCAGUGUGUGGAGUUGCCCUGGGGGGAUACCCAGAUGAGCAUCAUCUCCUGGCACUGCUCAGCGCCUCAGCUCCCACCCCAAGAGACACUCCAACAAGGGACCUAAAAGUUAGUUAAAUAUUUCAGAACCCAGAGAAGCGUCUGGUUAAUUUUCCCAUUUGGCUCAGGUGGUUUGCCUGCCUCCAAAAAAAGGCCUAGUGUUAAUUUGAUUCCCUAUAACUAAUUCAUGGCAGAUCUGGCGUCCUGAUGCCCGGAACAGCUGUGAUUCCUGUGCUGCUGUUUGCUGUGCCCCAGGGACGCCGCACAGCCCCUGAGUGUGGCUGGAAAGAAAGGACCAGGGCUGGAGCAGGGCACAAACAGCUGGGCCAGGCACACACAGGAACAUCUUUGCAUUUGCAGUUCAGAGAGGAUGUGUCUCAUCUCCCCAGUUAAUCCUUCCAGAUUAAAGUCUGGAGGGAAGCAGCUGGAAAAUCUCUGCAUACAAACAAGACUUAGUAAAAUCUCCAAUUUUGAGGUAGACGAAGAAAUGUGGCCCCAACACAGCGCUUUCACUGUAAGAGAAAACAAAUAUUUUCAUUUUGUUGUAUUCAUUCCACACUGGGAACCUGCUGUGCUCUCCAGCAUGGUGCAGCUGGGAGCCUUUCCACAGGGCAAGUCACAGCUCCCUUGGCUGGGAAACCACUUGUGACCCCAAAGCUGGAGCCACUUCUGGCUGGUGGAGGCUGGUGGCUGGAGCCAGCCUGUGGAGCAUCGCUAGCAGGGAAAUAAAAAUGCAUCUUGGUGGAAUCAAACGCUGCACUGAAGUAAGUCAGUGCCUGGCUGGGAAGCUCAGUCAGCAUCCCAGCGCUGGUUCCCUGAGCUUCAGACACAGAACAGGAAAGGCCAUCUUGAGUUUUACUAAUAAAUACA